GAGAUGGUGCCGGGCAUCGCUGGAGAAGCGUGGGGGAGGGGAGCGGGGGAAGGGAAGCCCUCGUCCCGCGUACGGACCUCGUCACUAAUCCUCGCCGACGGCCUCGCGGCGUCCAGGCCUCUCCUUACGCGUCAUUUUGAGCGAACAACGGCAGGAAAUGGUGCAAAGUCUAGCGAGAACGGCGGGUUUUGGUGUCGCACCAGCAGCAGGGAAGGGUUGAUGGUGUACGCGUGGUCUCACGGGGAGUUGCAGAGGGUGGUGGAGGAGGAGGUGGUGGUGAGGGAAGUGCACGGCGACGGAGCAGGGUGGGAUGCCCAGUUGGGACCUCGGGGGCGGAGGAUGGCAGAAGAAGAAUGUGGGGCCUUGGGGUGAGGACGACGAAAAGGGCCGAGGGAGAAGUAGUCGGGGACGGCAAGAUGGAGGUGACCAAAGUGCUCAUCUGUGGCGGAUUGGUGGUGGUGGUCGCGUACGGCAUCUACACAUGUUCAUGCAGGUUGCGGCAUCGGUUAGCUCGCAGUUAUCACGAGCCCGAGAGUGAGAACAACUCGAUCACUGUGCAGAGACCCAAGGAUUUGUUGCAGCCACUUUUAGAAGACAGCGAUGCGGUCGUGGGGCUGGGGCAAACUUGGAGGGGUUCUAGAGGAUCGAAUUCAAUACCCGAUGUAGAGAGAGGUUUAGAUACUGCCGCGACUGUGGCUAGUGACUCAAAUAAUGAUUCGAAUGGCAGUGGUCGGAAGGUGACAAAUGGAGGCGAGGUUUCUAAAGCUCGGGCUGCCUCCUCGAAUUUAAACCCUCAAAAUUGUAAAAUUCAGUUGGAGGUUGUAGCUGGACCUGUAUCUGGCCUUCGUGCCGAGAAGCAGGUCGUAGGUUCAAAUGCUGUGUUGACCAUAGGUCGCAUGCCACAGAAUGACUUGGUGCUGAAUGAUCCCGAGGUUUCUGGCAAGCAUGUCGUCAUUAGCUGGAAUGGGAAGUUGUCCAAUUGGGAGCUAAUAGACAUGGGCAGUCUAAAUGGGACUCUUGUUAACAGUAGGCCAGCAGGUGCCGCUCAAAAAGCUAACUCAACUACACGGCAACGUGGGCUUCCAACCUCCCUUUCUAACGGAGAUACAAUUACCCUUGGAUCAUCAUCAAAUGUACUUGUUCGAAUUUUGGCGUCUCACCUGCCCACAGCAUCGGCACCUUUUGAAGUAGGAGUGGCAUCAGAUCCCAUGUCUCAUCGUCGGGGUGGGAGGCCAUUGCCUAUGGAGGAUGUGUGUCUAUGUGAAUGGCCCCUGAGAGCUCCCCACGAGGUACCGUUUGGGAUAUUUUGUGUGUUUGAUGGACAUGGUGGGUCUGCUGCUGCUGAAGCUGCAAGCAGAUUCAUGCCACAAAAGAUAUCUGAACUUCUUGCUGUGGAAGAAACUCGAAUGGGAGUGAUCUCUAAUAAUGAAGCCUCUAAUGUGCUUCUAACUGCUUUUCGUAAAACUGAAGAAGCACUAGAUUUCCCGUAUGAGGGUUGUACAGCAACUGUGCUCCUCUUGUGGCCAGAUGCUACCUCUGGUUUCCUAGCUCAGUGUGCCAAUGUAGGUGAUUCACACUGCAUUGUCAGCAAUGGAGAUGAACAACUUCUUAUGACAGAAGAUCACCGGUUAACAAGCAAAGAUGAAAGGUUGCGAUUAUUAGAGAGCGGUAAGCAGCUGAAAGAAGGCGAGAACCGUCUGGCUGGAAUGAAUAUUGCCCGCGCACUGGGAGAUAAGUUUUUGAAAGAAGAAGAAAGUGCUUUUUCUGCAGACCCUUAUAUCAGCAACGUUUUCAGACUUAGUGGAGAUGGGUUGGGUCUGGUUGUCAUGGCUAGUGAUGGACUGUGGGACGUUCUGAGUCCACGACGAGCUUUGCAAUUGGCUGCCGAGGCUCGUGACCGUGUUGCGGAGGGAGGCGUGAAGGGUUCUCAAGCUAGUGCACAAGGUAUUGCAAAGAUGCUUGUGGACCAAGCCCGAGAGAAGCGAACAAAAGACAAUACGAGUGUCAUUAUACUUGAUUUUGCCACUAAGUGCAAAUCCUCGUUUCAUACUCUUUGAUAUGUAGACACACAAAGUAAGUACUUGUUUUGAAGGUAUUUGAAAACAGCGGAUGGAAGUUCUGAAGGCCUGCAAAACAAGUACUUACACAUAAAUUUGAGGAUGUCUGUGGCCUCCUACACACCGUUCCUAGGUCAUUUUAAACAGAAUCUCUGAGGAUCUUGUCAAUCAUUCAAGUGGAUGUGCAAGGCACAUAAUUCAUAGGUUUUGGUCUGUGCCUAUCAUCCUCUUGUGUCGUACCCACCACACAAUAAUAAGUGUGGCGUCACCCCAUCACAUGAGGAUAUCAUUUUAGGCACCUUCACUUAGACUUACUCCAGAUAGUCACUUAGAUUGUAGAAUUUAUCAGUACAGUGUAUGAUAGAAUGUGUGGUUUUCGUGGAUUGCUUCCUGGAUAAUAUAAGCAGGAGACAAGAAAGUGGGUGCUCUUGUGGCUGGUGUUUCCCUGUCAAACAAGUCUGCGUGGGUCUUACUGCCCUCUAAGUAUCAUUCCUGAGUUCAGCGUCGAUCCGAUUUCA